UGAGGGGCGGUACGCACCCUGGGGGAAACCAAUGAGAAAAUCAGGCCCGGCCCGAGGGGGCGGUGCCGUCGGUCACAUGCGCACCUGGGGCGGACGGCGGCGGCUGCGCGGGCACCGCGAGUCGGCGGCUGGGAGCGGGGCCGGGCUGGGGCGGGGUUAGGCAGGUGAGUGACAGGCUCCGGGGGGCUGGCCCCAGCUGGGAGCCCCGAACGAGCGAGGAGUAGCUGCAGCGGUGCCCGCCCCCUCUCUCCGCCCCAACGGCGGAGCUGGUCUCCGGCCGGGCACCGUCGCGGGCCCCCCUGGCCCGGCCACCUGGGACUGUGCUGGGGAGUCGGCCACCUCCCUCUCUCCCCUCGCCGCAAAGUUUGAGGCGAAGCCGGCGCCAGGGUAGAGCGCACCCCCGGGGGAAAUCAGGGAGCGCCCGAUGCCUGGCGGCAGGAGCCGUUGACCCGGGACGCCGCCGUCCGGGACAGGAGCGCGGGGCAACCGACCAGCCCGCCGCCUCCGGUGCAUGGGGCCCGGCUGAGGAGCCAGCAUGGGCAACUGCGUGGGGAGACAGCGCCGGGAGAGGCCGACCGCCCCAGGACACCCCCGCAAGCGAGCAGGACGCAAUGAGCCCCUGAAGAAGGAGCGGCUGAAGUGGAAGAGCGACUACCCGAUGACGGAUGGGCAGCUGCGGAGCAAGCGGGAUGAGUUCUGGGACACGGCACCCGCCUUCGAGGGCCGCAAGGAGAUCUGGGACGCCCUCAAGGCUGCUGCCUACGCGGCCGAGGCCAACGACCACGAGCUGGCUCAGGCCAUCCUAGAUGGAGCCAGCAUCACCCUGCCUCAUGGCACCCUCUGUGAAUGCUAUGAUGAGCUGGGCAAUCGCUACCAGCUGCCCAUCUACUGCCUGUCACCACCCGUGAACCUGCUGCUGGAGCACACGGAGGAGGAGAGCCUGGAGCCCCCUGAGCCCACUCCCAGUGUACGCCGAGAGUUCCCGCUAAAGGUGCGCCUCUCCACGGGCAAGGACGUGAGGCUCAGCGCCAGCCUGCCCGAUACGGUGGGGCAGCUCAAGAGGCAGCUGCACACCCAGGAGGGCAUCGAGCCAUCCUGGCAGCGAUGGUUCUUCUCCGGAAAGCUGCUCACAGACCGCACGCGGCUCCAGGAAACCAAGAUCCAGAAAGAUUUUGUCAUCCAGGUCAUCAUCAACCAGCCCCCGCCACCCCAGGACUGAGGAGCCCAUGGACCCCUGGGCAGAGAGGCCAAGGAGGGCGUCUGCAGGGCUGAGAGGACUCCCAGCUGGAGCACUAGGCCCCCCAACCCUGCCGCUGCCUUCAAGAGCUGUUCUUUUCUUUGGGAGUGCCUCCCCGUGUACGGCUGCUGGGCGAGCCCUGAGGGGACCUUGCUUCCCAGGGACACUAUGGGCCACCAGUGCCCAGCACACAGGAAGCAGUGUGCUGCCACACGCAGGCCUUGCCAACCUUAUCAGAGAAAAGGCAAACCAGGGCCCUCCACCCUGCCUCUCUCCCGCGGCAGGUUCGAGCCAUGAGGGCCAACCUGGAGGCUCCUGGAGCCCAGAUCUGUCAUCUGGUGCUGGCGGCUGUACUCACUCCGGUUUUCUGCUCAGGGUCUGAAGCAGCUGCUGUCUCCCUCCCCUGCCCCUACCCAUGACUCUGUCCUGGGCACAGUGCCAGUCCCCUGGAGGGGAGGGGACCACAUGGGAGCCCAGGGGCGGGGAGCCUGAGGCCGGCCUCUGCCUCUCCCAGCCCCCAGCACAAUUGGCAGAAAUGAGCCGGUGGCCGGAUGGCUGGGCUGUUGUGGCAGGGGUCUGCGUAGGGCCAUCUCCUGGCUGUAACCCUUGCGGUGGGGGGUCUGCAGCCUGGUCAUGGCCCCACAGCAGGUCCCUGUGUACAGACAUAUCUGCAUAUUUAUCAAUAAAGCCUUUUGCUCCUUC